GGAACUCACUCUGUUCAAAAGCUCCCACUUGAUCGGAUAGCACAGAAUAUUCUCGAACAGUCUUUAACCACCAACCCCUUUCACUCUACACUGUAAAUUCUAUAGUCUAUUCACAAACCAUAAUGGAGUUUUAUGGUCGCAACCCAUCCAUGGAAGGCAACCAGCCGGAUCCGGCUGUUUACUGGAGUUCUCCGGGAGCGGAAACAGGGCUCGAAGAGUCCAUGUGGCAAUUGGGAUCGGGCAGCAACAGAGAGUUGUACCCAGAGAGGCCCGGCGAGCCCGAGUGUGUCUACUAUAUGCGUACCGGAUCAUGCGGUUAUGGUUCCAGGUGUCGUUUCAAUCACCCUCGCGAUCGUAGUACGGUUGUGAGAUCUGUGAGACCCGGAGGAGGGGAGUAUCCAGAGAGGGUGGGCCACCCUGCUUGCCAGUAUUAUUUGAAGACUGGGACUUGCAAAUUUGGUGCUUCCUGUAAGUACCACCAUCCAAGAUAUGGUGGUGGAUCAGUGAGCCCUGUAUCACUAAAUUAUUACGGAUUCCCAAUGCGACCGGGAGAGAGAGAGUGUUCCUACUACAUGAAGACAGGGCAGUGCAAGUUUGGUAGGACCUGUAAAUUUCAUCAUCCUCAACCGGCAGGCGUAUCAGUGCCGGCAUCUGCACCUCCUUUUUAUCCAAUGGUGCAGUCUCCUUCUGCUCAUUCUCCUCACCAGUUUAGGGGAGUGACAACCAGCUGGCAAGUCGCGAGGCCUCCACUGUUAACUGGUUCAUUUGUGCAAGGGGCUUAUGGCCCUGUGUUGCUUCCUUCAGGGAUGGUACCAGUUCCAGGCUUUAAUCCUUAUCUUCAGGGACCUGUUACCGCAGUAGCAUCCCCUACCACUCAAUCCACUGUUGGAGCAGGUCCAGUUUAUGGGGUAACGCAGCUAUCUCCCUCAGCCCCUGCAUAUCCAGGACCUUACCAAACAUUACCUUCCCCUGCUGGCCCUUCUAGCAAUGGUCAGAAGGAACUCAUAUAUCCUGAAAGACAUGGCCAACCUGAAUGUCAGUAUUACAUGAAAACGGGAGAAUGUAAAUUUGGUUCGUCAUGUAGAUAUCAUCAUCCGCGGAAAUGGAUUACACCAAGAACAAAUUGUGUCCUCAGCACUAUUGGUCUCCCUUUACGUCCGGGGGCUCCACCUUGCACUUUCUAUGCGCAAAAUGGGGUAUGCAAGUUUGGACCUACAUGCAAAUUUGAUCAUCCAAUGGGGAUACUUAGCUACAGUCCAUCUGCAUCUUCUCUUGCUGAUAUGCCAGUUACUCCCUACCCUGUUGGGUCUUCGCUGGCAACUCUGGCGCCAUCAUCUUCAUCUUCAGAGUUGCGAAUUGAAUUUGUUUCAGGGUCCAGUAAGGACUCUUUCUCAACCAGAAUCCCAUCUUCUGAAAACAUGGCCAGUGGUUCAGUUGGUUCAAUUUUCUCAAAGAGUGGGACUGUUCCUCAUUCUCGAGUCCAAAAGUCUGGUCAGAGUUUUUCCCCACCUAGUGGAAGUGGCACAGGUCAAACUGGUGAGACUCAUAGUUCAAGCUGAGUAGAACUGAAAGCCAUUCCUCAUCGUUCCUCUCCCGGGUUAAUUUUAAUGCAACUAGGUAGGUUCACAAAUUCUUGCACCCAGGAACUUAGAUCCAGAUAAGGGCUUCCUUCUUAGUUGUGAAGGUUCUGUCAACCAAUCCAGCUAUGGCUCAAACUUAGUCUGUCCAGCCUUGUUCAUAUUAUCCUAGUAUCACCAACUCUUUCAUCUCAAAUAAGCUAUAGCCGUCCUUGAAAGGUAUAGCAAAAUCCCAUAUAGUCUUCACCUCUCAUACCUAAUAACCACAAUGGGAAGCCCUUCAGGUAAACCCGUAUUUCUCCAGCUUUAAAGCUGUUGUGUUUAUUUAUGCUCGUUUCAAAACGAAUAGGAUCAGUCUGUUCCACUUUGUUUUCAUCCUAUUUAGCAGUUUGGUCAUGUUUUUAAUUUCUUUACCUUAAAUUUGGGAACAAGGUUCCAAAUUUGUUAUUCUACUAAGCAAGGAAUUGGAAGGUGGUCUUGCUCCUCCCCCUUUUUUGUCCAGGGGUUUACUGUUGAAUAUUAAGUUUAGGUACUCUUGAAGAGGCAUCUCAGUUAGUGCCCCAUGUGGGUUAAAGGACAUGACUCGAUUAUGUAAGGCUGGAAUAUUCUGAACAGGGCUAAUAAUCUAUCUACUAAAAUACA